GGAUUAAGGUUAAAGUUAGGCUAAGUGUAGGAGUUAGGGUAUGGGCGUCGCAACGAUUCCGUAUAGCACCAACGCUCUGAUUAGCUCAGGAAAUGUGCCUUUACUGGCCGGUGGUUAGUAUUCUAAUCGUCCCUUAGCAACUCGUCUCUAACAAGAUACAACACAGGCAGAGAAAACAGCAUUGCUGGAGUGGAAAAUGGAAUAUGGAUUCAAUCAAGAGGAGCGUGUAUUUUCCGCGAAGAAGAUCCAGACAUACUGGAGGUCUCACCAAGACAAAAGACUUUUCCAGCUGAUGUCGCUCACUGUUCGUGCUGCUGAGCACUGUCUUGCACCUGCUAUUCUCCACCAACUCAGCCCCAGAGAAGCUGAUCUGGUCAGAGAUCCAAGCAUGCACUGCAAGGUCAGAUUCAGAUUUUCAGGGUCCCAGUUUCCUCCAGUGAUUGUCUUCAAGAUCUUCCACCUUGGAGGAGGAAGACAAUAUAUUUCUGGGAAAAGAGUGUUCCGACCAUCUAAUCAGGCCACAACAGACACCUGCAGGAUGAUGGGAAAUAGGAUAUUCAUCAAUCACAUUAUUGCUGAUGAGAUCCAGAGGCAAGGGAGAAUGAUUUCUGACACGUCUUAUAUCACCUGUAUGAGGGACUUUAUGCAGUACUCAAGUCACCUUGACGAGCUACCUGCAUACCUUGGAGGGCGAGAGAACACUUGGAGGUCUCUCUCUCUUCAAGGACUGUCACGAAACAUCCUACAGUGGGAUAGCUUGGAGGUGGGCGGGAAGGGCACUGUGGCAGACAGGCUAAGGCAAGAGCUGCUGCUGUUAGCUCCUCAAAUUCCUUGCCCUCUGAUUGGAGGAGCAAUCCCACCUCGGAUGCUCAGGUCUCCAGCUGCUCCCCCCUCUUCUGUGGUUUCUACAGCACGCCAUGCCUCACAACCUGCCACCUGCUCCACCCCACUCCCCUCAACUCGCCGCUCUGCCCGUGCACGCACCACAGCUGCCCGCAUGAGACAUCUGUAUAUCCUUGGGGGUACACCAAAGGAUGAGAAUAAUGAAACAACAGAGAAAAACCACAACCCAGAGAGAGGAGAGCAAGAGAAAGACAUGGAAGGAAGUAUAAAGCCUCAAGCACCCCAGAUAGUUUGGCCAUUGGGAUUGGAGGAAGACUCCAGUGAGGAUUCCCUCUCGGAUUCUGAGUGGGAAGAGGAAGCAGAGAAACUCUGCUUGUGGACAAGACAGCUUGCUCUGGAUGAUAUGGACAAUGUGCCAUCCACCUGAACUAGAACUUCAUCUUGAGCAAGACUAACCCAAAAACCAUUUUCCACUCCUAUGGCUGUUCAUUUUCUCUUCUCUUGCUUUGUACACAAAUCUAAUAAAAAUGCUUGUGUAAAUUA